GUCAGCAGACAGUCGUGUAAUUCGGUUGCGUGUCGCUCGCAACAACAACAACAAAAAUCACAAAAACACAACAACAACAAAUACAACAACAACGAGUCAAAAAACAAAAUAAAAAACCACAACAACUCCAUGCUGCAGCCAGAUUAAAACAAAAACAACUGAAGUAUAACCAACCCAAAAUAUAUCAGAAACAUCAUUUUUUGAAAGUGCAAUCUGUGUUUGUUCCUAAAAUUGAUAAAAAUACAUCUAAAAACCAUGAAGAAAAUCAUAAGAAAAUCCAUAUUAAAUUUUAAAUAAAUACAACAUAAAAUGCAAAAUAAAUCUACAAAAUAUCUGAAAGAUAUUCCUUAAUAACGAAAUAAUAAAUUACAUUUUUUUUCUGUUAUUGUGUGUGCCUGUGUUUUUGUGUGUGUUGGCCAACUUCCUGUGCAACCGGUCUGCAAAAAAAAAAAGAUCCAACCCAUUCAUUCAGCAUCCGAGGCAAGUUGCACCUGCAACUAAAAAAAAAUACAAAAUACAACUAAAAAAAAGCAAUUCAUAGAAGUAGAAGUUGGCGACAUAAACCCGUUUUUUUGUGGGGAGGGAAAAGAAUAGCGCCUCCAAGGCCAAACACGAUAUCCACUUGGCCACAACAAAACACCUCGCAGGACCGCACAAGAAAAAAUAGUAUAAAAAAAAGAAAAUACAGCAGUGAACAACUUUCCACAUUUUUCCUGAACAUUUUCCUUUAUGCUGAGUUAACAAUUGCCUGGUGAAAAUGAAGAGAAUGCGCAGCAGUCGCCUCCUGGAGCUGCCACUGAUCCUACUGCUGAUCCUGACGAUGCUCCUCCAACCGACUGCCGUCCAAGCCAAGUCGAAGAAGAACAAGUCCAACUCGAACUCGCACCACGGUGACUCCUCGUCAUCGUCGUCGUCGUCGUCAUCGUCGUCAUCGUCGUCAUCGUCGUCGGGAUCCUCCUCGUCCGCGGGGAAUGAGGAAAACAAACCGAAGAGCGGCGAUAAUGGGGGCCAGCACUUUGCCAUUGAGCCACAGGAUCAGACAGCAGUGGUCGGAUCCCGGGUGACAUUGCCCUGCAGGGUGAUGGAGAAGGUGGGUGCCCUCCAGUGGACCAAAGACGACUUCGGACUGGGCCAGCACAGGAAUCUGAGCGGAUUCGAACGCUACUCCAUGGUGGGCAGCGACGAGGAGGGCGAUUUCUCCCUAGACAUUUAUCCACUGAUGCUGGACGACGAUGCCAAGUACCAGUGCCAAGUGGGUCCCGGUCCGCAGGGUGAACAUGGCAUACGAUCGCGAUUCGCCAAACUCACCGUUCUCGUUCCACCGGAGGCACCGAAAAUCACCCAAGGCGAUUACAUGGUGACCACCGAGGAUCGUGAAAUCGAACUGGAAUGCGUUUCGACGGGUGGAAAGCCGGCGGCGGAAAUCCAUUGGAUCGAUGGUCUGGGCAAUGUCCUCACCAAGGGCAUUGAAUACGUGAAGGAACCCUUGGCCGAUUCGCGCAGGAUCACAGCCAGAUCCAUACUGAAAUUGGCGCCCAAAAAGGAGCAUCACAAUACGACGUUCACGUGUCAGGCACAAAACACGGCCGAUCGAACGGAGAGAUCGGCCAAACUGCUGCUCGAGGUCAAGUAUGCGCCCAAGGUCACCAUUUCGGUGGUGGGUGGUGCCCUGGCGGGCGGUAAAAUUCCCGAGGGCGCCGAGGUCAUCCUCAGUUGCCAGGCCGACGCCAAUCCGCAUGAGCUCAGCUAUCGAUGGUUCAUCAACGAUGAGCUAAUGACCGGUGAUUUUACCACUAAAAUGAUCAUUCACAAUGUCACACGGCAAUAUCACAAUGCCAGUGUCAGGUGCGAAGUGGUCAAUGCGGUGGGCAAAAGCGAGGAAAACCAGAAACUGGACAUAAGCUUUGGUCCAGUUUUCCGACAACGCCCCGUUAGUGUGGAGGCGGACUUGGGCGCCACUGUGACCAUGCGUUGCGAGGUGGCUGGCAAUCCCACGCCCGAAAUCGAAUGGAUCAGCGAAAACUCCGAUAAGGUUGUUGGCAAUUCACCGGAACUGAAGAUGAAGGUGACCAGCGACAGGGCUGGCCGAUACUUCUGCAAGGCGGUGGUCAAUGGCUUCCCCGAGAUCGGAGCCGAGGCCACGGUCUAUGUGAAGAGGGCCCCGAAAAUAACGUCGCAUAAGGUGCAAUUUGGCGGCGUUGGUGGCCGCGUGAAGAUCGAUUGCCUGGCCUUUAGCAUACCCAAAGCGGAGCACAUACUCUGGUCGUUCGAGGGCAAGAUCAUCAAUAUGAGCAGUGCCGAUCCGGAUAUCUACAUAUUCGAGGAGCAUCAUUUGCCGGAGGGCGUGAGGGCAGCGCUCAUAAUUCGCGACAGCAAGGCCACGCAUUUCGGGAAGUACAAUUGCACGGUGAUGAAUUCGUACGGCGGUGAUUCACUGGUGAUCACACUGCUGCGUGAGCCGGGCAGCAUACCCGUACUGCUGGUCGUCAUGGGCUCCAUGUUCUGCGUGGCCAUCAUCCUGAUGAUCGUGAUGAUCAUCAUUGUGUACCGAAAGCGACGCAGUCGCAAGAAGCCCAUGCCGGCGGACGUGAUUCCAGAGGCGUCACGUGGCGGCGACAAGUUGAACGAGCUGAAGAGCGAACUGCGAUCGAAGGCCUACGAUGUGGAGUACUCGGAGGCGGGCGGCGAUGGACUGGCCAUCAAUCUGACGCAAUCGCCCAUGCCCGAUGUGCAGAUGAAGGGCGCCACUUUGGGGGUACCGCUCGCCGGACCCGUGAAAUUCGAUGAACGAUUUUCGGGCGAUUUCGGGGGUGCGGAUCGAUACAAUCGCCAGUGUCACAUCAAGAAUCUGAAGAACCAGCAGGAGACCGCCUACAAGGGCAGUCCCCAGGCCAAUGGAUAUGCGCAUUACUUCGAGUAUGCCCUCGACUACAGUCCGCCUGGUGAGGGGGCGGCUGUGGUUGUGGGCGGGGCCGGUGCUGGAGGUGGAGGUGGAGGUGGAGGUGGUGCUGCCGGCAAGGUCAAGAACGGUGGCAUGAACUCGGCCACACUGCCCCAUUCUGCCGCCUCUGUAAACGGGGGCGGCGCUGGCAAUGGGGGCGGGGCCAGUUUGCCACGCAACCAGAGACACGAACUUCAACAGUCACAACAGCAGGCCAACGGAUUUCUAGGACAACCGCUGCUCCAGAACGGCAUCGAUAGCCGCUUUAGCGCCAUCUACGGUAAUCCCUACCUAAGGACGAACUCCUCGCUGCUGCCCCCCCUCCCGCCGCCCAGUACCGCCAAUCCGGCGGCCACGCCCGCCCCGCCUCCCUAUAAUGCCGCCCGCCACGGCCAUGCCCACAAUGGGGGCCUCAAGCAUUUUGUGGGCGGGGCAGUGAUCACGACGAGUCCAGUUGGGAAUUUGAACGGAAGUGGGGGCGGCGGCGCCUCGACGCCCAGUGGCAUGGGCGGGGUCGUGGCGGCGGGCGGCAGUGUGAGCGGUAGCAGUUCGAAUUUAACCGCCAGUAGUAAUACCCUGGCGGCCACGCCCCUAGCGGGCGUAGGCGGAACCAGCGGCCAGUGUGCCCAGAGUCCGUCCGGGCAAUUUAUACUGUCCAAUAAUGGCAAAGGACACACGCAAAAAGGACCUCUGGCCACACACGUUUAAAUACGCAAAAUGCCCGAAAGAUCACCCUAUACAUAUAUAUAUAUAUAGAUAUAUACUUAAAAAUCAUUGGAAGAGCCAUUAGCAUAACCCGUAAAUGUAUUUAAAAAAGAUAACGCAGAACUUCUAGUGGUAAUAUUUUUUUUGUCAGUAAAUAAUAGCGUAAUUCUGAUUCAAGUGGUGUUAACUAUUUUCGAAAAGGCAAUCACUAUUUUCAGCAUCAAGUGUGAAAUUGAUAUACACCAUUGAGAUUUUUGUUCGUAUUGCUCGGCAUAUAAAAAAAAACGGACCCUAAGAAAAUAGUUUAAACACCCUUGAGUAAAAAUUAAACAUAUGUAAAACAAGAAAAACAAAAAAAAACAAAA